AUGGCAGCUGUCAAGCGGCUAUCGGCCCAGCUUACUCGCAGCCUCUCCCCUCUCACAGUACCCCCGCGGCCCAGCCCCAGCGUCGCCCAGUACCCAGACCAGCACCGCCCUAUCCAGCACCGCGGCACGUACCACUCUCCACCGUUGAGAGGCACCGGCCGUACCAGCUACCGCAUAACGUGA